AGCCAAUAUAACGAGUAUAAAGUUUGACAGUCCAACACCAAAUACCAAUUGACCAGCUGACAUUGUUAAUACUAACGCCGCCGCAGAGUACGGGAAAGUAUCGAGGCAAGUGGAGGAACGCGGACUGAUUCGCGAGGCAACGCGAGACGACGAGUUUCUUUUUUAGAACGCCUCCGGAAAUCCAUUGUUCCCCAUUUAACUCGUUAAAUGUGAGCCGAGACUUCUCUACCGAAGGAACGAGGCUCCUCGCUCGGAUCGAGCUUCCCCUCUCCGGAGCGAGGGGAAGCAGCAACCUCUCUGAACGUGCGAUUUUUAGGUUAUACGGACCAGCGAUCGCCAAUGUAAACAGCGACGGGCGAUUUACGCUGCUGGUGCCUUCGGAUCGUCCCGGGUCUGGUGAACGCGAGCCUUAUGUAUUGGAGCAGGACGGCGACCGGCGCCGCGCGGGAAGAGAUGCCCCUGAGCUCGAUAAGCCGUGCCGCGAGUGUUCCCACCGCGACGGCGGUGGAGAGCGUGAAUCCCGGCACGAGCACGCAGAUCACGUCGUCGACCUGCUGCACCCCGCCGCCGUCCUAUCACAAUAUCAAUUUACCCCUCGGCCAUCCCUCCACGUUGACCAACGAGCGUGGCGCGCCGCCCUCGUACGAGGAGGCGAUAGACCCUAACGCACCGCCGCCGUCCUACGACUCAUUGUUCGGCCGUAUGAGAGAAGCUCGUAAAAUAUCCAAGGGGAUAUUUGAUUUUCUAAAGAAUAUCGUCGUUCUGCUCUUAGGCACGAUCGGGUGCACCAUCAUCCUUGGAGUGACGAUAGUGGUACCAGUUUGCAUGAUGGUGAUCGGUGGAUUGUACCUUUACGACUGUCCGCAGGGUGAAUACAUUCCCGUAUACCUGUUGGUAGGCGGUGGAUUCGGAGUGUUUAAGCAAUUGUUAACUUUAUCGGCCAGAGUGCGGCAGCGUCAAGAGGAAAGGGACGAAGAGAGGAUCAGGCAGUCGCCUACGCAGACCCUGAUCAAUUGUUUCAUGCUGGGAUGGUUCAUUAUCGGUUCUAUGUGGGUAUACAAAGAAUACGAGCCAAAUUACGAUCCAGCGUUAGGAAAGUAUUGCAACAAGACGCUAUAUUUAUUCGCCUUCUGGCUAAUUACAUCGGUCUACAUAUGCAUGGGUAUCAUAACGGCCGGACUGUGCAGCAUUUCCGUAGCUAGCAUCGCAUUUCAGAGACCGCCGUCGGACCUGAUGUGAGAUAGCCGCGUUGUUUAGCCGCUUCGUGUCCACGUCUCCGAAAUGAGACGCAUCUAGGAUCGUCUACAUUCGACAUAAUAAGUCAGGACGGUAUUUAUCGAGUGAAAAAGAAAUCCCGUUGUCCACGCCAAAUGAUGAGCGUGCGCAAUUUCGCAAUUUGUAUGCACGGUUUUUCUGUCACGCGGGAGUAUCAUCAAUACCGUCCCCGUUUCUCCUGCCCGCUGAUCAAUAAGAUACGAACGGCCCCCGUUCUUACAAACGCAUUUCAUGACAUCGACGAGAUCGGAAGUUGAAAGCUCCAAUUUGUAUAUAGAUAUGGAUAUACACGUGUGCUGUAUAAGCAAGGAAGAGAAAUCUCAUUUUGGGAGCGAAACAACGGGAAUUACUCAUUCGCCCGAGAGCUGGGCACGACAUUGCCCGCCGAAGAAAACAAAUCGCUUCGCUAAACAACAAAGCGCAAAAAAAUUUCGUCCACGUUUACGUACCUGAGAUGCUUAAACGACUAUUUCAAAGAAAAUCGUUGGCACGUUAAACGCACAUUAGACAUUCUCGCGCGCGGGCGCGCCCGCGCGCGCGAUACGAGUUUCAAGCAAGAUCGUGUAUAAACGACUUCUCACAACGCGCCAAACGCGCCGAGCGUACGAAUAGCUUAUACUCGAUAAUUCGACUGUCGUGAGAUUUCCGAUGCCGUAGAGAAAUAUGGCGAAAACACAUACAUCGAAGUCGGUGUUGUCUCUCUCUCUUUUUCUCUUGACGAAGUCCCUCGAAGUCUACCUCGAAGAAACCGAGAGGCGAGAGAGGAAGCACAAAGUCACUUUGACCGGAUCAAGGCUGUGUGUACGUCGCGUUACUCACGAAUUUUUUUCUUUUUUUAUCUUGUGCCAAGUGGACGCAGAGUCGCAGACCAAAGUAUUUUACUAUCGCGAUGUUGCUCGCGCUAGCGCGCCAGUGCGCCCGUGGACUCUACAAAUUCGUUUGUAAACUCAUCCGGAACUCUCAUUUCCGAAGAACGAGCCGAGCCUGCGAAAAGAUGCGCGACUCGCGCUACGCUUAGCACGGCAGCGUUGACGAUGCUUUGACACGACGGUCUAAUACACAAUUUCUACGAUAUAAAUACUAUAUAGUUAUCGUAUCGUUCUCUCGAUAACACUUUUUAUCUCUGUUAAGCACUUUAUGAACUUUACGGAUUUUUGAUUAUAGUACGCACUCCGCUUACUCGUGACUCCAUCGUAACUUAUUGUUAAAAGACUGCGAUCUCUUACGCGACAAUUUUAUCUAUUUAUUCGCCCUCUCCUCCGUCCUUUUACCGCCUCUAUAGAUCUCUAUUGGACCCUGUCGUGUCUCUUGAUAUGAUUCGUUUUCUUAUGAGGAGUAUAAUUAGUCGCACGAAGCAAUCAACUAGAAAAGUACGGACGUAUAUAAAUUUAUGCGUUCCGCUUCGAAAUUGUAUCUUUACCUUGCUGGAUCUACAAUGUGCUCUUUGCUUCCUGCCUUUUGCUUUUUAUCUUUUGUCUUUUUCCCUCUUUGCGACCAUUUUAUCGACAAUCCGUGUUUCUUGUCGUGUAUUUUUCUGUCUCUUCCGAACUUCGUUUAACGAUUCUUCGUUUAACAUUUAUCCCGGGCGAAAGUGAAGGAUCAGGAUAUAAGAGGCAAAAAAGCAAGGGUAAAAAGUGGUAAAAGAAACAAGAUGCAAAGAGCACAUUGUAGAUUAGUGGCAGUAUUUACAGUAUUGUUGGGGGUCUUGCUACUCUUGAACAAAUCAGCAUGCUUUGCCGGGUUGUAUGACGUCACUGAAUUUGUGAUUCGAUUAAAUGACUGUAUUAACAAGUGUAUUAUUGAAUAUCGCUGUAUAUAUAACUUAACACUACCGUUUCCCUCCC